AUGAGUAUGUCAAGCAAAAACGAGAACAAAAUAACGGUAGAACGAAAGGUGUCGACGGAUUUUGGCCAGGCUUUUCAACUCCAAGGGCUUGGGUCCAAUUUAAGAUCGAUUCGCUCCAAGACUGGUGCCGGUGAAGUAAACUAUAUUAAUGCUGCUAAAUCUGUAAAUGAUAACCAACUGCUUGCAGAGAUCGGUUACAAGCCAGAAUUGAAGAGACAGUUUUCCACAUUGCAAGUUUUUGGUAUUGCAUUCUCCAUUAUGGGUUUACUGCCAUCCAUCGCGUCUGUCAUGGGUGGUGGUCUGGACGGUGGUCCUGCAUCCUUGUUGUGGGGUUGGUUUAUAGCUGGUUUUUUCCUUUUACUUGUUGGUAUUUCCAUGGCUGAACAUGCAAGUGCCAUUCCCACCGCCGGUGGUUUAUACUAUUGGACAUACUAUUAUGCUCCAGAAGGUUACAAAGAGAUCAUUUCGUUUAUUAUUGGUUGUUCGAACUCUCUAGCAUUAACAGCUGGUGUGUGUUCAAUCAAUUAUGGUUUGGCUGAAGAAAUUGCCGCUGCCGUCACCUUGACCAAAGAUGGCAAUUUCGAUGCUACAAGAGGGAAGCUUUACGGUAUAUUUGCUGGGGCAGUGGUACUCAUGGGUAUUUGUACAUGUAUUGCCUCCGGGGGCAUUGCUCGUUUACAAACACUGAGUAUAGUUUCCAACGUGUUUAUCAUUGUCUUAUUAUUCAUUGCCUUACCAAUCGGUACCAAACAUAAUAUGGGAGGUUUUAAUAAUGGUGAUUUUAUAUUCGGAAAGUUUAAAAACUUUAGUGACUGGAAUAACGGCUGGCAAUUCUGCCUAGCUGGUUUUAUGCCUGCAGUUUGGACAAUUAAUUCAUUUGAUUCAUGUGUUCAUCAAUCCGAAGAAGCCAAAGAUGCCAAAAAAUCUGUUCCGAUUGGUAUAAUUUUAUCCAUUGUUGUUUGUUGGAUCUUAGGUUGGUUUAUUAUUAUCUGUUUGAUGGCCUGUAUCAAUCCUGAUCUUGAAAGUGUUUUGARCUCUAAGUACGGGUUUGCUUUGGCACAAAUAGUUUAUGAUUCCUUAGGAAAAAAAUGGGCUAUUGCAUUCAUGUCAUUAAUUGCCUUCUGUCAAUUUUUAAUGGGAGCAUCCAUCACAACAGCAGUUUCCAGACAAGUUUGGGCAUUUUCCCGUGAUAAUGGUUUGCCGCUAUCAAAGUACAUCAAAAAAGUGGACCCUAAAUACUCCGUUCCAUUUUAUGCUAUUUUGGCUGCAUGUGUAUGUUCAUUGGUUUUGGGGCUGCUUUGUUUGAUUGAUCAGGCUGCUACAAAUGCACUGUUUAGUUUAGCCGUGGCAGGUAAUAAUUUGGCAUGGAGCACCCCCACCGUCUUGCGUUUGACAUCAGGUAAAGAUUUGUUCAGACCUGGUCCAUUCUAUCUAGGUAAGCUUUGGUCUCCCAUAGUUGGUUGGAUAGGUGUGGCUUUCCAAGUGUUUAUUAUUGUUAUGGUUAUGUUCCCCGCUCAACAAAAGGGCAUUACAAAGUCCACGAUGAAUUACACAUGUGUUAUUGGUCCAGGUAUUUGGAUUCUUGCAGGUAUCUAUUACAAGGUUUACAAGAAGAAAUACUAUCAUGGCCCAGCAACGAAUUUAUCUGAUGAAGAUUACGUUGAUGCCGUUGGUGUUGAUGUUAUCGACACAAUCAUUUCCAAACAAGAGCCAUAA